UGCACCUAAUUCCAAGCUUUACGCGCGCGCCCCAGUAUUUGCGAAAAGGUCUGUGAUUAUGUACACCAAACCUAUGUAGCGCCCUCAUACGGUCCCCCUCGUCAACAACAAACUGACAGGUUGGUAUCCGGACGACUUGAUGCGAACUAAUUAUUAAUUUUACAGGCACCCGACUAAAGCUUAUGUUGAGAGGCCAUGAUUGGAUUCUGCAGCCGUGUGUGUUGUGGACAGGUGCUGUGUUUGUUUUCACUUUAUGUUAGCAUGGCCGUGGUCGGUCAGUCGGUCCAGUAAAACGAAUUACAACCCUCUGUUCAAAGCCUCCAGUGCGAAAAAACCCUAACUCUGAACUUUUGAAAUGGCUGCUUCCUCUUCACGAUAAAGUGGGUUGAGUGAGGGUGACGACUCGGUAAUUCGGGUCUGUAUUUCCCAGACAUCUAACCCAACCUACAGGAGGAAGUAGGUAGUGGUUCAUUCAAUCAAGAACAUGGAGAAUUCAAACCACAGCAAGUUCAGCGAGGCAACAGAAUAUCUGCAAAGAACUGAUUUGAAUCAAGGUCUCAUUAAUGAAGAAAGAGCGACAGAAUUAAGACAUGUUUUGCAAAACAUGUCUGAGAUGACAAAGCUGAGUGAAAACAGAUCCCUAAUGACUGAAACUGCCCUUGUGAAGCUGUGCAGGCUGCUGGAUGGCUUCCACACACAAGCCAAAUCCAGUGUGACUGAUGAUUCUAUGAUGACAAACGAGUCCCUUAUGUUAACAUGCACAUGGUGUUUGAGAUGUUUAAGGAACUCCUGUGUUCAAUCUCCACUGAACCAGAAGACCAUUUGGAAUGCAGGAGCAGUCAAGUUCUUAAAGCAGCUCAUAAUCUUCAUAUCAGCUGCUCCACAUCCCAUACAAGAAGACAAUGCUGUGUGUCUAAGAUGUGCUAUUCAGCUUCUUGGUAACCUUCUAAGUGGCCAAUCAGAGCUCCUGUCCGUCACAUGGCAAGACAUCUUCCCUCAAAUGUGUCUCUCAGUGUUUCAAUGUGCUGACUCCAAAGCAUCUCAAUAUCUAUGUAUGGUGAUCCAGAUAAGCCUUCAAGACAUUCCAGUUUCAGACACAAAACAGCUUUGGACGUGUGAUGAUGGGUAUCAAUUAAUAGAAGCUAUACUAACACUAAGUGAGAAAGAAACAGGGCAGGAUUUCAGUUUGAAACUCCUGCAGAGGCUGAUAUACAUACCAGAGUUCGUCCCAUCAGUCUUCAGCCAUUUGAGUCCAUCAUGUCAAGUCAUCUUACUUGAUAUCAUAGCUGUGUAUGUAACUCAUGGGGAGACUCCCGAACCAUCCUAUAUGCAGCAUGGCCAACCAUCCUAUAUGCAGCACGGUCAACCAUCCUAUAUGCAGCAUGGCCAACCAUCCUAUAUGCAGCAUGGCCAACCAUCCUAUAUGCAGCAUGGCCAACCAUCCUAUAUGCAUCAUGGCCAACUGUCUAUACCAAUCUCUUGUAUGCUGUCUCUUGCUGAGGUAUUUGAACAUGAAGCAGACACUGUAUUCAGUCUGGUCUCUGAAGAGCAGUGGUGUAAUAUCAAAGAACAAAAGAAACCUGAGUUGGUAAUGAAACUAUUAAGUUUGUUAUGUGAAGCAUCUUGUCAGCCUGCAGUCAGUAGCACACUGCUUCAAAGAAUGUCUUUGCUAGAGUGCAGUCUUGAUCUUCUUGAUAGAGCAAAUAAGGCCGGGAAGAAAGACAAGAAUAUUUUCUCUUGCACUCAGACUUCAGAUGACUCCAUUUCACAAACCAACCCAGUGUUUGGAUUUAAAAGAGAUUUAGUUCGACUGAUCGGUAACAUGUGCCACAACCACAAGGCCAACCAGAAUAAGGUGAGAGAGCUUCAUGGAAUACCAGUCAUACUUGAGCAGAGCAAUAUCGACAGCACCAACCCUUUCAUCAGUCAGUGGGCCAUCUUUGCUAUCCGUAACCUGUGUGACGGUAACCCUGACAACCAAGCCGUUGUUGCUGAGAUGACUAACAAGGGUGUAGUCAAUAAUGAUACUCUACAGCAAUAUGGUUUCCAGGCCGAGAUGAGAGAGGGAAAGAUGUAUUAUAAAACCACUACCAAGAAAUAAAUCACUCAUUUUAACAGGGUUGUUUUAAAUAGUUGUUACCAAAGUGACACCCUUGGAUUUCCAGUACAAAAACAGUUUAUUCAAUAAGCAAAAAAAACCUUUCAAAACUGUUUUUUAAAGUAGGGCCUACUGUACGUUGUCAGUAUAGACUGUGCAAGUCUCACACUAUCAAAAGCGAGAAAACAACUUAUGGACUAUUUUUUUGUAUGAAGUCGAAGCUUCUAUAUUAUUCCAUGUAUACAAAUAUCUUUGAAAUAGAAAUACCCCAUGUAAUUUGAAAUGAAUACAAUUGCAAUUUUUGUAAGAAAAACAUAUUAUUUGUUAAAAUUUACAAUUGGGGUGAGGCUGUUUUCCCAUCAUGGCAUUUUUUUGUGAUCAUGCAUUUCUUUGUUGAUUUGUAAAGUUUAUUUUAAUAAUUUCAUAUACUUCAUGGCUAAAUGUUUACUUUCCCAACAAUAAGAUAUCAUUUGUAUAGCCAUUAACUACUUUAAAGGCAGUGGACACUAUUGGUAAUUACUCAAAAUAAUUAUUAGCUUAAAACCUUUCUUGGUGACGAGUA